GUCAGACAGACUGUCAGAGACUAGACAAAAUAAAAUAACCUAAAAAUCCAAAGAUAAACAAACAAAUUUCCUCAACAGUUCGAUCCUUAUUAAAUUAAUAUAUACAGAAUUCUAUAAAUAAUGGCUGGCAGAGGCAGAGGGAGGGGUGGUAGUGGUACUUCGUUAACACAUGAACAAUUGCAAGCUCUAGGAAUCGCAAGAGGUGAGAAUAAUGCACCAACACUCGCGCCCCCUCCGUUAUUCCCUAAAAUAGAAGCAAAGCCUUUACCGCUGCCUUGCGAUGCUGCUACAGAUUACAUGGUCAUAGUCAAAGAACAAUUCAUUGAAUUUUUACACGAGUCACCCGCCUAUGUAACUACGAAAACAAAGACUGAUGAUGUAGAGCGGUAUUCAGAUAAGUACAAGCUACUGGCUCUUGACGACAAGCAAGUGGGCACGCUGGACUGCGUGUGGGGCAACAUGCCGAGCGAGCUGCGGCCGCAGGCGCGCCGCGUCCGCACGCUCACACGGAAACGAAAACUCGACGAUCCUACACAUAUAGAGAAGAGAUUGCAAACUCUAGAGAAGAAAGAAUCUCAAGAAAGAUCUAAGGAAGUUAUGGAGACAAAUGAAGACGGCGUCGUGAAAAAGGAGGGCGACAGUGACGAUGAAGAGCUUGAGGAUGAAGAAGAACAAGAGUUUGAGCUUGAUGAUGGAACAGACUAUGCAAAUAACUAUUUUGAUAAUGGUGAAGACUAUGAUGAAGAAGAUGACAACCUUGAUGAUGGUCCAGUGUAUUGAUCAAUGUCAUUGUUAAGUUUUUGGAAGAGUUAAUGCACAAUUUGUGCCUGUGAUAUUGAAGACAGUUUGUUACUUGAUGAAUAAAUGAGUUUAUUAACUA